CAUCUUCUUUCUUGUGAUAUUGAGUUGUGGCCAUCGACGAUCGUCGUCGUCUUCCUUCUCCUUCCUCUGUACUCUCAAUAUCCUUUGCUCACACCGUUUCCUCGUGGGUGUAUUUGUCUCUGUAGAACUGAUGGAGUCACCUGAAGAUGGGAAAUUUAAUUUCGCCAAAGAGCUUUAUGGUGAAAGUUUGAAUCUUUCGAAACAUGGUAAUAAUGAUCAUGAUCUUGAGGAUUCAGGGAAUCCAUUUUAUGGAAGUUCAGAUGAAGAAUAUGGUGAAGCUCAUGUUUUGGACAAUGAUAAUAAGCUGAGACGUGAGCAAUUCCACACGGCGGGAUACCGUGAAGGGAUUGCUGCUGGUAAAGAAGCUAUUGCGCAGGAAGGUUAUAACUUUGGCUAUAAGGAAUCGGUUAUUACUGGCUACAAGUUUGGUAUUGUCAGAGGUGUUUCCAGUGCACUGGCUUUCCUCCCGAAUGAGUUAAGAGAAAAGCUAAUCGAUGAACAAGAAACUAGAGAGAAGUUUCAGAAACUACACAGUUCUGUGCAUGCUCUCUCAACAGAAGUAGCAAUGAAGCGGUUCUACGAAACUUUGACUACAGAGCAAGGGGAAGAGAAAAGUGGAGCAGAAGGGUCUGACUCUGGUUCUGGUUCAGGUAUUAAUGCCACAUCUGACUUGGGAAGCUAUGUUACAGCGCUAAGCUCUCUUCUUGAAAAAUCUCCCAUGAUUGAAGUUGACUUGGAUACAUAAAAAGAGUCUUGUUCGUUAAUUAUUGUCAAGCAAAACCAAGAUGUCUUGUUUCCAACCCAAACUGUUUUGUAAGUUCGGUUCUGUUUGGUCCGUUGUUGUUCCGUUUGGUUUGGUCUAGUAAAGUAAUUGCUUGCCUUAAUAUGAAUUAUCUGUAAAUUUACUUUGGGGGACUAUUAUCGUGUUAUACCGUUUCUCACCAAUUCAUCAGAGGUUUUGCGCUUA